AUGUGCGAGGAAUCAGAUACGAGGGAUGGCGUUAUCUGUUGUUAUAACUACUACCACAACGGAUCAGCAUGUGUUCGUUGUCUCCCGGGAUAUUAUAGUAAUGAUUGUAAACGUGAGUGUCAAUAUCCCAGUUAUGGCUAUCAAUGCUACAAAAAGUGUGAAUGUGUAGUGAAGUCUUGCCAUCAUGUCAUAGGAUGCUUAGCGGAUUAUAGACAAAGUUCACAAUUUCCAACUGAAAGUCCGGAAACAUUUAGUACUCAACAUGUCCAAAUUUACCAUAAAACGCAUUUGCUUGGAAAUUUGUCCUCAAGUACUGAAAAACUUCAAUACCGUAGUUACAGCAUAACAAACACAAAGACAUUCAGAAUUUUAAAUAGUUUUACUACUGAUUCAAAUAUAAUUGAUGCUUCAAUGCCUGCUCCAAAAAGCAUUCUAUUUGAUACUAAUAUUAUAUUGAUAACAAUAGGGGGUGUAAUUGCACUACUUCUUAGUAUUCUCGUUGUACAACAGUGUUUAAAAUUUCGCUUAAAACGGAGAAAGUAUGCACAACAGAUGUCUCUGAAACGAAGUUCAAUAAAAGAGGAAGAAAGGUAUCAUGAGAUAAACGAAUCGUUAAUGACCGUAGGACAAUAUGAUAACCGCAAUGAUCCCCAAGAACUUGGCAAAUACUACGAACUUCAAAUAUCAGAUCAGGCUUCUGCUGCCCCAUAUGAAAAGAUGGAAACCGAGUUACAAUAUCAAGAAAUAAACGAAUCUUCUGUAUUGUCAUCAACGAGUUCAGUCUCAUGUUACGGCAAUACAUCAUAUCCAGUACCUGAUAAAAGAUGCAUCUUUGUAAAUGUUUUAGAUUCCAGUCCUGCAAAAUUUAAAACAUCCUCUGAAGAAAGCCAUGUAAAUUUGACUAAUGGAAGCAGCAAGAAAGAUAAAAGUGAAUCAUCAGAAUAUCUAGAUCCUAUUUUUGAUGCACAGAUUUAUGAAAACACAUCAAAAGGUUGUGAUACCGGUACCAAUAACGAUACGUAUUUAGAUGUUACACAUGAAUCAGUUCUCUAA